UUGCAUUUUGAUUUAGGAUUUAUUUUUGUCGAUUCAAUUAUAAUAAUGAUCAUGAUAAUAAAAAAAGAAAAAAUUGUUCAUUUUUCAAUAAAAAUUCUUCCAAAAAUUUUUAUCUAUUUUGUAUGUGCAAGAUAUUUUGUCUUACAUCUAUGUCUCUUAUGUGCAGAAUUUUUACAUUAUGAAACAAACGUUAGAAUCGAAUAUAAUAGACCCAUCAACAUUACAUUUCCAGCCAUUACAAUUUGUGGUUGUUGUUUACAAAAAUCAUUUAUUGAUAAUGAUAAUUUAUAUGAUCAAAUAUAUCAUCAGGAAUAUACGUUAUUAAAAAAUUAUUCGGUGAUUGAAGUAUUUGAUCAUUUCACUUAUGAUGCAUCCAAAUUGAUACCCGAAUGUUACUAUGUUUUAGAUAAUAAAAAUAAUCCUCAAGAACAGGCGAUCAAUAUUUCCGGUCUACCGAAUUUCGUAAUGGAAAGCAUACAACAAGGACGAAAAUGUUUCACAUAUUUCUCCUAUUUAUCCGAUUAUGUAAAUGUUGAUAAUGACACUGAUGAUUAUGAUUCGGUUGCAUCAAAAUCAUCAUCACCAUUACGAGAAAUUCGUAAUAUAAUUGAUAAUCAAAAAAUAUCCCAUGUUCAAGUUGUGAUUCGUAUGAAUUUAUUCGCAAUGAAUACACAAGAAUUACUUGAUACGGAUAUUAUUGCAGGAAUUCAUUCACCAUAUACAUUGCCAUCAUUGUUGGAAACUGAUUUUUUUCGAAUCGAUCCUGGUAUGAUUUAUUCCAUACAGUUCAAAAGAUUAAUCACCGAAUUGAUGCCAUCACCAUAUCGUACAAAUUGUCAUCAAUAUGAAUCAAAAAAAGUUCCAAGAUCACAAAGUGAGUGCAUCAAUCGGUGCGUGUUGAAAGAAACAUUAUCCUUACAACCAAAUCAAUGUCUAAACUAUUAUAGUCUUAUAACAAAAAGUUUACUACGUCAAAUCGAAUCUAACCAAGAAAAAAUUACCGGCGAUGACAAAGUAAAGUUUUGUCCACAUAGAAGCUAUCUUGAUUAUUAUCGUUUCAUAUUAGCAAGACGUAAAUGCCGAAAAAUUUGUAAAAGAAAUUGUCGCGAAUCACUUUAUACGACUACAAUGGAUAUAUCGACAAUUGUAGAUGAUGAUUUUAAUUUAAAUGAUGAAGUUGUGACCAAGAUUUUUGUCAAAGCUAAUCAUGAAAUGGUUCAGACUGUCAAACAUGAACGUCAAAUGAGUUUAUUUGAAUUCAUUGGUUAUUUAGGAGGACAUGCUCACAUUUGGCUAGGAUUAUCACUCAUACAAUUUUAUGGUGCUAUAUCACGUGUAAUUUUUCGUUUCCGGUAUUAUUGGGAAAAAUUUCGGGUCUGGUAUCAUGAUCGUCAACGAAACAAACCAAAUUAAUAAUUUGAAAAAAUGAUGUAUCCUGUAUCCUAGUUUUAUUUUUCAUUUUGAUAUUUUGUAUUCUCUAUAGGAAAUGUCA